GGAAAUGCAUUUGUGUCAUGCGCAUUGGCUUCUCUUCCCCGUGCUAGCAGAACGGCUGGGCUAGCUAGCGAAAUUAAACAUUUAAAUCUUGUUGUGCACUUAUUAUGGUUAGUUUAUUGAGAGCAUAUUGAUUAAUUUUCGUUUCCUAGAUUUAAUAAAAAGCCAACCAACAAAAUGAAUAUACGAAACGCGCGGCCGGAAGACCUCAUGAACAUGCAACAUUGUAACCUGCUAUGUCUUCCAGAAAACUACCAAAUGAAAUACUACUUCUACCACGGGUUGUCCUGGCCUCAGCUCUCAUAUAUUGCCGAGGAUGAAAAUGGGAAAAUUGUGGGUUAUGUGCUGGCAAAGAUGGAGGAGGACCCAGAUGAUGCGGUGAAGCGAUCCCACAGACGUCUUGGUCUGGCUCAGAAACUGAUGGACCAGGCCAGCCGUGCCAUGAUAGAAAAUUUCAAUGCUAAAUAUGUCUCACUUCAUGUUCGUAAAAGCAACCGGGCAGCUUUGCACCUGUACUCCAACACACUGAAGUUCCAGAUUAGCGAAGUAGAGCCAAAAUAUUACGCAGAUGGGGAGGACGCCUACGCAAUGAAGAGAGAUCUGGCCCACAUGGCUGAUGAGCUGAGGAAGCCAGGUGUGCGAGCAUUAGGUCAAGAGGCACCAUCAGGUUCUGGCGACCAUGAGAGGGAAAGCGAGAGGGAUAGCGGAGGAGAGAGCAAAGAGCUGAGCGAAGUCAGCGAGGCAACAGAAAGCACAGACGUUAAAGAUUCUUCUUCAGAUUCACAAUGACGCUUUAGUUCCAGACACUUUUAAAACAGCCUUUCCUUCUAUUUUUAAACUCUGCUCUGUUUUUGACUGGCUAUCUGUGCAUCAAGGCGCGGCAACAUUUUCAACUACAUAUUUUCUAAAAGCCUUUUUUUCUGCUGUGAUGAACAUAGAGACUUGGAUGUGACUCUGAUGUACAAUCUAAAUUAAACAAAUUACUGGUCUAAAUGUUUUUGUCCAUGAACAGUUAACUGAGUCUCUGUCACCUAGUUUUUACACGUCUCUCAAAUAAUCCAUUUAUUAAAUCUUUGGUCAGUGUACUGAAUGUGGCUUACAUAAAGUGA